AUGCGUUUCAUUAAUGAUGGGCUGAUUGCCGAAGAGAUAUUCGUUCCUGAAUCUCUUCUGACCUCAGUCCCGCUUAAAGACGGCUGGGGCCAAGAGGCUUCAAGGAGAUCAUCUCGUUACCAUCAACACAACAACCAAGUCGAAGAAAUUCACGUUCCUAAAAAAAGGCAGCCUACAACACGCAAGGCGCCCGAUGGGUUCUACAAAGUGGGCACUGGGCGGCAUCGACCAACAUCAACCCCAGCAGCAAAAGGUGAACCAGAUGAAAGGAUUCCAAUUAUCCUGGAUGGUGAAGGACAAAGUGGUAUCGAGUCACUUGGAGACAGGAAUACCUCUCUCCGCCCCCACUGGAGAAAGUCAAUCCAGCAUGAACAGCCUGGAGAAGUACACAGAGACUUUGAAGAUAGCAACUCGCGAACCUUACCUAACAACGGUACUCACUUGUCCCACCUGCCUGUCCACCAGCCCAGCAGUACAGCUACGAAGCCGCGGAAGAGCAGCCUGAUGAGCCUGUAUGACCGGACCAGCUUAGUCAAUAUCAAGCACCAACGCAAGUAUUGGCUCCGGCUACUUAUUGAGUACGGAGCUUACACAGCGCUUGCGGCUUUUGCUUAUCUUGUUCUUAUAGGGACUCCCUUGUGGAAAGGGGCCGUAUGCUGGCUGUAUUGGUUGAUGCAACGCAGGUUUGUCUUCUCAGGUGGCUGGGCAAUCGCGAUCGCUUUGCUUGUUUUCUAUUCCUUUACGCCACUCCUCAGGACUUUCGAAAAUGAUGCCCUCGGUCCGGACUAUUACCAGCAGCGCCGUAUUAUCCCGGAAGCCACAGAUACUGCUCUCCUAAUCCCGUGCUACAGGUCUGGACCUAUUAUUGGUCAGACUCUCAAAGCUGCUUUAAAAGUCUUCCCCGCCUCGCAUGUCUAUGUGAUCGCCAACGGCAACUCCUCAACUCCUCUCGACAACACCGAGGAAAUAUGUCGAGCCAAUGGGGUCAAUCAUAUCUGGUGCCCUGUCGGAUCCAAGAUUGUCGCUUUAUUCAUCGGCUGCUAUGCUGCCAAGAACUUCCGUUACACGCUCCUCAUUGAUGAUGACUGCAUCCUACCCGCCAAUUUCCCAGUUGUCGUGUCUCGGUUAACCGAUUCAGUCCGCUGUAUUGGAUACCCAAUCAAAUCUGUCAAUACCGAUCCAUCAAAGAGUUCAUAUUGCCAACAGGCUCAGGAUCUCGAGUACAAGCUAGCUGGUUUACAGCGCAGUUUUGCAGGACACAUCGGUAGUGCCACCUUUCCCCAUGGGGCUGUAUCUCUUUGGGAGAGAUCUUUUUUGAAAGAGGUUUUUCAGCACCAUCCCGGAUUUAAUAUCAGUGAAGAUUGGUUCUUGGGCAAUAGCUGCCGACGCUUAGGUGGCAGGAUUCAGAUGUGCACUGCUGUCUUUGUGGAGACAACCACACCAUCUGCUCUUUUGUUUGCCAAACGCAGCCACGGCAGGGGCGGCUUCGGUGAGAUGACCGUAUUCAAACAGCGAUUCCUGCGCUGGGGCUUCUUUACCACCAACGGAAUGUGGCACAAUUUGUCAUAUCUUCUAGGGUCCUGGAAGUUGGGUAAAUGGGAGGCCGGAACGAAGCUCUUCGUUUUUCAGGAGGUGUAUGAGACCGUCUUAUACUUGCUCUUUCCUUUCAUACUACCUGUUUCACUUCUUGUUCGACCAGGGUUCUGCAUCAUAAUGCUAGCGGCAACAUUAGGGCUAUAUAUGCUCAAUACCAUCAUAUUUAACGAAGUCCAUCUGCGAUUGAAAAAUGAGCGCGUCAGAUGGGAAGUCCUGUGGUACCAUAUACCCUACAAAGUGUUCGUUGUCCUUACGAACGUCACCAGCUGCUACUGGUCGCUAUUCAAAUAUGCCCGGUAUUUCGCAAGGCGACACCCUAAGCUCACGGAAGAUCACAAGGCGGUCGGGAUGGUGUUGAAACUGGAGAAGAUGACACAGAAUCGACAAGGAGAGCUCAGGGGACUGAGUAGAAGUAUGACGGCCAGGAAGGUUGGUGUACGUGAAGCAGGCAGCAGCUGA